UUUGGAUCUGGUUGCAGUGCUAUCUUGUCAUUGCUCUCCCAGUACGCCUUCAUCUGGUAUGCAGUCCUGGCUGUUCAUGGAGCAUAACUUUGGUCAAGUAAUAUCCUGUGUCUCCUGUUGUUUCAUGACAUCCAGGAUGACUGUGUUCCUACUAUGGCUGUGAGAAAAUCCAAAUACUUUAGGAGGAAUAUGAGACUUCUACAGAAUUUCAUGGCAAGAUAACAGUGAAACCUGUCACACCAUGAGAAGGGUCUAUUUAAAGGGAGAUGUACUUUGCUCCCUGAUUCUGCUGGUGCUUCUCUUUCUGCUGUUGUAUGCCCAUCAAAGAAUAACGCCCGUAUGGGGGACUUUGCACAUUGAACAGGGGUCCACCAACUCGAUAACCCUCCUCAGUGGAGCAUCAAUGGGACAACAAAUAAAGCCAGUCCCUUCAAAAUCUCCAGACAUACCUCCAUGCAAACCUGAGGUUCAGAUCAAGCCUAAAGCACAAGGAUCAUCAAGGGUCAAAUCUCAGAAAGCACGUAGCAAAGCAAAGUCUAAAUUUCGCCAGCCCCCAACGACAGCAAGGCUGCUUCCAACACAUGUUUCCUUUGACUUUGACGAUUACCUUCGAAAGAAAGAUCAGCGGGACUUCAAGCUGCUAAUCGAUCAACCAACAAAGUGUUCUGGACCGGAAGGAGCCCCUUACAUGCUGAUCGCCAUAAAAUCAGUAGCAACAGACUUUGACAAACGUCAGGUUGUUCGAAGGACAUGGGGACGAGAAGGUGUGUUCCAGAAAAAUAUGAACGUCAAGAGAGUUUUUCUUCUCGGUGUGCCCCAAAAUCAAACAGCGCUCCCGUUAUGGGACAAACUGUUGGGAUAUGAGAGUCACGCUUUUAGUGACAUACUCCUGUGGGACUUUGAAGACACCUUCUUCAACUUGACGCUAAAAGAAAUCCACUUCCUACAGUGGAUCAAUGUCAGCUGUCCCAAAGUAAAGUUUAUUUUUAAGGGUGAUGCAGAUGUGUAUGUGAACAUCGACAAUAUCCUGGAGAUGCUUGAGGGUCAAGAGACCAAUAAGGAUCUUUUUGUUGGUGACAUCAUUGUCCAUGCCAAACCAAUUCGCAGACGCAACAGUAAGUACUAUGUGCCAGAGUUUAUUUACGGCCAGGGGAUCUAUCCAUCCUAUGCGGGUGGAGGCGGCUUUGUCAUGUCGGGACAUACCGCAUUGAAGCUCCACCUCACCUGCCAAGAGGUGGAACUCUUCCCCAUUGAUGAUGUCUUUCUAUGCAUGUGUUUGCUGAGGAUCGGCCUUCAGCCGACUCGUCACGAGGGCUUCCGCACCUUUGGAAUCGUGCGACCGUCUGCUGCACCCCACCUCCAGGUCUUCAACCCCUGCUUCUACAGAGAGCUGAUGGUGGUGCACAGCUUGACGGUCCCACAGAUCUGGCUCAUGUGGAACCUUCUGCAUGACCCUAACCUUCAAUGUCACAGCAGUCAGGAUCCCAUGGUUUUUCCCUUUCAGUGGAGCGACAAGAUCGACAAGACGGCUAAUAACAAGGCAAAGGAGAAGCUUGGGAACGACUAUGGGAUGAAAGUGUUUGUGGAACAUUAACUCCUAGAAAAUGAAUGUACUUUGAAAUUACUUUAAAACCGACAGGAAAGGCAAGGAAAAACUAAAGCAAUAAUUCACCAUCAUGUCAAUCAACUCCACGUGACAUGCAGAAGAAAAUUGGAUAUCAUUUUAAUUUAGUUAAAUCAUGGCUGCGAUUCAACUAAAACCAGGGAAAUAAUUAGUUCAACGUGGCCAUGAUUUAACUAAAACGAGAAAAUAAAUUACUCACAAAUUAGUAAGUUAAACUAAUUUUUUAAUUGUGGCCAUGUUUUACUAACUACUUCUCUCAUUUUAGUUAAAUCACUACAGCAAUUUUGAGGGAAAGAAUUAGUACAACGUGGCCACGAUUUAACUGAAUUAAAAUGCUCUACAACAUGGCUACAAUUGACCUAAAAUGAGGGAACAAAUUAAUAAGAUGUGGGAACUAUUUCUUAAUUUGUGGCCACAAUAUAUUGUUGACUUCCUUCCAUGAUUGUUUAAUUAAGGAUGUUGGACUGCUCUUUUUCAUACAAAGAAAACAUGUAAUGACCAUCAGCUGUCGUGCUCUAGAAAAU